AUGACGAUCACCUCACUACAAGAACUCAGAAAGCAGGCUACGCCGAGCGUCGAGCUCAAGCGCAUCAAGCAUAAUUGGCUCAAUCUCAUCCCUUGGGACGCGCGAGGCACGGACAAUGACGCCGCUCAAUCGCCCAAGGAACAAGCCAUGGCUGUUUGUGCUUGCUUUUCUCUCGACUACACCUAUUUCGCGGCGUACAACGGGUCAAGGAUCAUCCCGAGUUCCCUCUAUACGCAAGCUUUCAGGCAGGGGAAUGCGACGAAGCUCAGUGGCCAGGGGACUGGAACCAAUCCAAGUACAGUAACGGCACCCCCUUUGUUCCUGCCGUCUUUCGUCCAUUCCAUUCCAUUCCAUCCCAUCCGCCUGUCUAUGCCGUGCCAAAAGACCCGUCUGUCUGGUUCAUCCAUCCCUUUCACCUCCACAGCCGCACCCCACAACACGACCUCUUCCAACAUGCUCUAUUGGCUUCAUCUUCCAUCCAACCUUUCCUCUCUCUCAUUUGUGAUGUUAAGAGAACACAUUGACCACGAUCGCUCUGGGUGCCAUAACAGAGAUACUAAGAACAAAUCUGCGGGAGCAAUCCUCCUGACACCACCCCCAACCCAGCCUUUCGAGGGCCAAAUUUCGACCCGUCAGCAUCGCCCAGCAAUGUAUCCUCCUCCCGGCUCACGGCCACUGGGCCAGGAACCAUUACCAAGAUCUAUUUGGGCGCUGAUCCAACAAGUACGGGUCGCAGGCUUGCAGCGGCCUUCUGCACUGAUCCUUUCCCUCCGCACCAUCACCCAUCAACCGGCCCCCAAAAUGUUGCCGGCGGCCGCGUUCCUCCCUUCUAGAGUCUCGAGCGAACCCGAGUCACCGACUAAACAACUCGGUUCGGAUGAGAUUGACGGUGGGGGCACGGGGCGCUCGAACAAAGCUAUAAAGACGCUUCUCAACUCAUGGCAGGCAUCAUCGUGUUCCUCCGCGGACCGUCUCGAUUUCCCACGAUCAAUGAGUCUCGUCUCUCGUCAGCGGAUCAUCUCCAACACAUAUUGUGGCCAGAACCACGUCAAGCGCAACGAUGCGAAGGAUUCAGUUCUGCUAGUCAAACAUAAGCGAACUGGAACCCCACAUGGCCCCCCAAACUGUUUAUCCAGGCGGAGCCUACACGAUUGGCGGAUUCAUUGUGAACACCGGCACACGUAUGAGUGGGUGCGCAACGCAAUCGCAAUCAAUGUCCACCCAUCUAUCAUCUAUGAGCGGGACCUGAAGGACCAAUAUCGACUGCAUAUUUUCAAACCAAAAACCUCCGAUGGAUAA